AUGGCUGCGGGCAAGAAGGCGAAAGCCAAAAAUAAGAAUGGCAAGGCCAACAAGCAAGAGGUUAAGAAGGACAAGAGUCCUGGAACUACAGACCAAACAACUACGACAAACACUCCUGCUCCUGGCAGCCCUGAACUCCUGGCGCAGGAUCCCGAGAAAGAUCAGCACCAAGAGCCUGUCGCUGACCCAACACCCGUGGAUGUGCCGACGCCACUGCCUGUAUCAGCAUACGAGGUAUUUGACAACGACACUGCACCCAAAGACGUGUCAGACCCUGUGACCAAUCAACAGUCACCUGUCGCUGAGAAGCUUGCCUCUCCUUUGCCUGUAUCAGCAUACGAGGUAUUUGACGACGAUACUGCACCCAAAGACGUGUCAGACCCUGUGACCAAUCAACAGUCACCUGUCGCUGAGAAGCUUGCCUCUCCUUUGCCUGUAUCAGCAUACGAGGUAUUUGUUGACGAUACUGCACCCAAAGACGUGUCAGACCCUGUGACCAAUCAACAGUCACUUGUCGCUGAAAAGCUUGCCUCUCCUUUGCCUGUAUCAGCAUACGAGGUAUUCGACGACGACUCUGCACCCAAAGACGUGUCAGACACUGUGACCAAUCACGAGUCACCUGUCGCUGAGAAGCCUGAAUCUCCUUUGCCUGUAUCGGCCUAUGAAGUGUUUGACGACGACAUUGCGCCCGAAGAUAUUCCAAUCCCUGUCACCAGCCCGCCAUCACCUGUGAUUGAAAAGCCUGUAUCACCAUUGCCUGUAUCUGCAUAUCAGGUGUUUGACGACGAUACCGAGCCGCAAAUAAUUUCAGACUCAGUCACAGACCAAUCAUUGCCUGUAGCUGAGAAGCCUCUCGAGGAGGUAGAGGUAGUUGACAAGCCCGUCGACGAAGCAUCCUUGGAAGAGCAAACCCCAUCUCAGCCUCACAUUGAGAAUACCCAACCCGAAGAGGUUUUAGAACACCCGAGCCCAAUCCAACCCUGCAUCGAGGAUACUGAGCCCAAAGAGGCUCUGGAGCAGCUCAUUCAACCUCCAAUCACAGACCAGGCUCCAAUCGCGGACCAAGAAGCAAUACAACCCCUGAACGAACACAGCCUCCAAGAUCCAAGUGAAGAUCAAGGCAACCAACCGGAGCCUUUCGAGGACGCGACUGUGGUCACUUCCGCCCCUGUUGACCCUUUCUCCCCUGUUGCUGCCUGUGUGCCGUUGCCUUCGCCAUCUCUGACCGAAGCACGGUUUAUGUCCAGUCCCUCCCAGGAGAAUCACCUAUAUCACCCUGCACCAUCUGCCUAUUCUCCCUACGCUUCACCCAACCCCUACUCUGCACCAGCGCAUUACGGAUCACCAAACCCGUACGCUUCACCAGUACCCUACGCUGCCUCUCCUGUGGCGUACGCAUCGCCAGUUCCGUACAACGCAGUUGUUUCUUACUCUGGAUCACCAGUGCCAUACACUGCAGCUUCGCCUUACGCCGGAUCGCCGGUUCCAUACACCUCACCAGUUCCAUAUAACCCGGCUGCAGCUUACGCCGGAUCACCGGUGCCUUACGCCUCACCAGUGCCACACAACCCAGCUGCGUCUUACGCCGGAUCUCCAGUCCCGUACGCCUUACCUGGACCCUACGCUGGUCCUCCAGUACCUUACGGUUCGCAAGGGCCUUACGCCUCACCAAUACCUUACACUGCCUCACCAGUGCCCAAAGUUAGCAGCCCACUUGCUCGCUCUCAUUAUCCUCAAAUGUCGCCCUCGAUGUCCCCUACUGCAACACCUCCACCUCAAAAUCCACUAGUGGCUCCAAUGGCCCCUCCUCCUCCUCCUUCGACAGCACCCAGCGUUCCGACUGCUGUCAACUCUCCAGUCAUGAGUUCGGCCAGGGUUAUGCCUCCUUAUGGGUCAUACUCUCCUCGCUAUUCACCAGAAGCUCACCAGAUGCACCGGAGCUACAGCGGUCCGGACCCAUCAUAUGCCGCAUCCUACCAGGCGCUCCAAAACCUGUCCAUGAACGGCCAAAUUCCAGAGAAUGGAAUGAUCUCUCCCCCCGAUGCCGAUAGUGAGCACCUCGAGCUUCUCCAUCGAAUCCAAUCGGCCAUUCCGGACAUCAACCGUCUCCUGCAUGGAUUUCGUCACACCCACAGCAGGCUCUCGGAUCGAGAGGCUGAGAUGAAACAAAUCGGAAGCCAGCAUGAACAAGCUUUGAUGCACAAAGAAUUCUACAUUGAAGCUCUGCAAUCUCAAAUGAAGAAGACAGCCAACGAGAGCGCAGAGGAUGCCGCGAGAUUGAAGAACACCGUAAACGAACUGCGCCUUGAAUUGGGAAAUCUGCAGGAGCAGCAGAAAGACCUUGAAGAUGGUCUGGCAGUUCACCAGAAGUCCAACGAGGAGCUUUCGGAAACCAAGGCCCAGCUCGAAAGCCAAAUCAGCCAAUUGAACGACAGCAUCAAGGAGGCACAAGAGGCCCACGCAAAAGAGCUUGAGACCCAGAAAGAAGAACUGGAGAAGGCUCUAGCUACACAGAAACAAGAACUCACUGAGCUUUUUGAAGAGAUCAAGAGCGAGGAUGAGAAGAUCGCAGCUGAGAACCUGGAUACUCGCGUGAGAGAGCUGCUUGGUGAGCAUGAAGCUAAGAAAGGUGAAUGGGAGAAGGAGAAGACCGAACUGCAAGCAUCCUUCGAGACACAGCGCACCGAGCUAGAGACCGCCAAAGCAGAGCUGGCGUCCAAGAUCACUGCUUUGGAAGCUGAGCUCAGUUCAGCCCGCGAGGAGGUGGCCGCCAAACUAGCCGAAUUGGAAGCGGCACGGGGCGAACUAGAAGAAGCCCACCAGAAGUACGGUCAGGAUUCGGAGCAGUCAAAGGAAGGCCAUGCAAGCGAGCUAGAGACCCUGCGAAAGUCUCACGAUGAACAACUUGCAGCAGCGGCCAAGGAUCUCGAAGACAAGAUUCAAGCUAUCGAAAACACCUUCAAGGAGAAAGAGCAGGCUUGGACCGCACAGCGUGGUGAUUUGGAGAAGCUGCUCUCCGAAAAGGAUAGCGAGCUUUCCAGUGCCGAGCGAGAGAAGGAGAGAUUGGAAGAGGAUGCAAUCGUCAAGGAACAACACCUCCAGCGUGCUGUGGAUGGAAUGAGAUUGACCAUUGACAAUCUCGGCCAAGAUUGCGACAGGCUGAGAAAGACACUUGUCAGCUUGGGAGAAGCCACUGACCUCCGAAACACCAAAGGCGACCAAUUCUUCAUGGACUGUUUCACAGAACUCUCGCAAUUGAUCCACGACCUCUCAAAAGAACACUUCGGCUACCUCCCCAUCGACCCACCAAAAGACAUCCUCUCCAAGAUUCCCUCUGAACUCCCUUCCUUCCUGGACAACACCCCCGCCUCUCGCGAACUCCGCAGCGUCUACAUUCAACACGUCGUCUCCAAAACAAUAACUUACCGCGUCUUCCAACCCUUCCUCUUCACCCUGGGCCGCCGCUACGACAAAGCAGACACCUUCUUCCAAAUGCUUUCCAUGGAUAUCCGCCGCAAAUCCGUCCGCCGCGAAGCCUUCUGGCGCCAACAAACCCUCAAAGCGGCAUACACCACCUCCGACGCCAAGCAAUCCAUCAACGUCGCCGCAGCAGUCAUCGUCGACGAAAUCAUCGACCACAUCAAACACUUCGCCGACCCCAAGCACCUCGACUCCCUACUCACAAGCGUGCGCAAGAUCGUCAAGCUAGCAGCCGAGACAUGGCGGCAUGCGCGCGUCGAGCGCGAGCUUGUCCUCGCUACGUUCCCGGCCCCGGACGCCGAUACAGUCGAAAACGAGAACUGGAUCGAGUACGCUGGUGGGAAAGAUCAGAAGAAUGGUGGUGCGGACCCUACGCGCCAUGUUGUGCUGCGCACUUUCCCGCGCAUUAUUCGCGAGGCUUCGCAUGAGGACUUUGCUAAUGGCGAAGAGAGGGCUAGCUUAUGUGUUUAUUCCCAGGGUGUUGUGCUGUACUCUGAUUCACCGGUUAUCAUGGGGAGGUUGCAGGAAGUUACAAAGAGUGGACAAUCGUCGCCGAAGACUUCGGGAAAGGGGGAGAAAUUAGCGCCGGUUAAUGUUUCCGCCCCUAGGGUUGUGACAGUUAAAUCGGCGCCUACGAGUCCUGGUACGAAGGGACAGCAAUAUAUGAGGAUGUGA